AUGACGCUUGACACUAAUAAUAGUAACAUGGAUAAUGCAACCACCAACGACACUAACAGUAACAAUAACAACUGGGCAGACGUGGUGGACUUGCAAAAGAAGAACGAUGACGAUAAGUACUAUGACCAAAUCAUAUAUUCGGUAGUCAAGAUCACCUUUGCCGGAUUUGCCGGUGCCUUGGUGGGCUUGAGUCGGCAGAAUCAACAUGCCGGGGCCAAAAUAUUUCAACGGGCCGUCGUCAAGGGAAAAAUGACCAGAGCACCUCCCAAACUCAAGACGGUAGCGCCGCAAGGAGAAGACGCCAAUAUACCCUUCAUGUGGGCUACCUCCUUCAUUGUAUUUGUAUCCAUUUUGGAAACCAGUCGAUUUUGGUCACCCACCACCAUGAUGAUGGAUCUAUAUCAGCACAAUAUUAAUUAUGAUCAACAACAAGAACAACCUCAGCAACAGCAAGCAGAGUCAGUAUCCGACAAUUCAAAUCUGUCGUCAUUAUCAUUAUCAUCACACCACAACCAAAAGUACUUGGCAACCAUUUCCGAUUAUACCUUGGGAGGAUCCGUGGCAGGAUUGGCAGGAGCCAUGUCCAAACGACAACCACUCACUGGAUCCAGUUCCACCAGUCGAUUGGAAUUGCCUUCUGCCAUCUUAAAGACGGGUCGAAGAUCCAUUCUCCUAUCGGGCGUCGGUACAGGCAUUGCCUUGGGAUUCUUUGCGGGAGUUUGUCAAGCUGGAUUGGAUUAUAUGGAAGAUCAAGUCCGCAGCAUGGAGGAGCAGGAGCAGAAAGAGUUGGCCAAUGAGGAGGAUGCAGCAGUAGUAGAAAAUGGACAAUCUGCACAGCAAUAG